UGCAAGUCAAGUGGGUUGAGCUCACACUACAGUCAGGGAAUGGGAGACACUCCUGGGGGUGGUCCCCAAACAACCUCCUCUUGUAUCAUCUACCUCCUGGAGGUUCAGCCCGCACCCCCCUUUCCUUCCCCUUCUUGUACUCUGAGUCACUUUUUGGGACUUUGGAAUUGAGCGCCAUGGGUACUCCAAAUGAUCAGGCAGUGUUGCAGGCAAUCUUCAACCCCAGCACCCCAUUUGGAGAUGUGUUUGACCUGGGAGAGGAAGAGAAGGAAGAAGAAGAUGAAGAUGGAGCUUUCCCUCAAGCACAGUUGGAGCAGUCCAAGGCCCUGGAGUUGCAGGGGGUGAUGGCAGCAGAGGCUGGGGACCUCAGCACAGCCCUGGAGAGGUUUGGCCAAGCCAUCUGCCUACUGCCUGAGAGAGCCUCAGCCUACAACAACAGGGCCCAGGCCCGGAGGCUCCAGGGGGACGUGGCAGGCGCCCUGGAGGACCUGGAGCGCGCGGUGGUGCUGAGCGGCGGCCGGGGUCGCGCCGCCCGCCAGGGCUUCGUGCAGCGCGGGCUCCUGGCGCGACUGCAGGGCCGGGACGAAGAUGCCCGCAGGGACUUCGAGCGGGCGGCGCAGCUGGGCAGCCCGUUCGCGCGGCGCCAGCUGGUACUGCUCAACCCUUACGCCGCGCUGUGCAACCGCAUGCUGGCCGACAUGAUGGGGCAGCUGCACGGCCCCCGCAACGGACGCUGAGCGCCGCGGGGCCAAGGGACGGGAGGGGACCCUGAACCAAUAAAGCUUCGGGCCUC